CUGCGGUGUGGAGUGAAGUAGAGUGGAGUGUGGGAGCUGCAGGUCAGCCAGUUGCGCACUCGGGGGCACGCACAGCGGAUAGAGAACACCAGAACUGCUUGUAUGGUCAGAGCCAAUUGUGGACUUUUCUCUCUUACUUUUAUAAUUGGACUCAUAUCAAGCGGACCACUCUUCAAAUUUAACGAGGACACAUUUCAAUCUGUCACCCUAAGCGGAUACAACCUUAGCGCAUUCUGGAGCCGACCAAAAGCGGACUAACAAGGUGCGUGUCUAUAUCCAUGUGUCUUUACUGAUUUCCUCCUGAUUUCUACUUUUCAAAUAGUUUUUUGGGGAAACACGGCAGGUAAUCUGCUGCUGUGGGUUUUACAGUGCAAACUUGUACCUGUGUGAGAACUUAAUGGCCUUUAGAUGUCCGGUAAUACUUUCACUUUCGUCAGGUGAGUGUAUUUACUGUCCCAGUGAGGACAGAAAACAGUGAUAUCCUUCGCCCACAGAUCAGGUUUUCGUGGCAAAUUAUCUUUCCAGCAGAACCUUUGUGGAGUUAUGCAGCCGGCUGCUUUAAUUGUUCUAAUCAGCGAGGUGAGACCCUUUCGAGCCCAGAGGGUGAACCCGGAGUCACAACUUUACAAUUUAAAGACCCCCAACAGGUUAUUUCAACACCUCAGUGAGCGCAGGAGAAAGACAUGCGUGAAGGGUUUGUGAAACAUGGUCAGGCUGCUCGAACCCCCGGUAAAAAAAAAAAAAAGACUGUGGGGUGCAGAAUAACAAAGAAAAAAAAAGAGAUACAGAUGACUUCUCUGGUGCAGUUUUUGUAACCUGAACUUAAUACUAAAACAAUUUGUCUAAUUUUCACUUACACUUAAUUUGGACAUAACGUGACAAGUGCUUCAAGCCAGAACAGUCAAGUUCCUUUACUAAUUAGGCAUCUAAUCUCUUUUCAGGCUUAUCAAGAAACCUCUUGCAGCAUUUGAAGCCACUUUUGCUCAUCAAAACCAUCAAGUCCUUAUUUUUGGCAUGUCAUGGCAAUCCUCUCUGCACAGCCAGCCAAGACUUGAGAUAAAAGAUGCUGCAAAUGUUUUCAAUAACUUCACCCUGUAUAAGUUCAGAGUCAAAAUCUCUUCACAUGGUAACACUAAUGGCUAUAUUACAAAGUGUAGUUUGGGAAAAUAUGCUUCUACGUGAUUUUAGGGGGACAUCUUUCUCCCCUAUCCCCACUGCCAUGUUUUGAAACAACAUACCCAGGAUUCUCAGCACAAUCCAAAUGAAGGACUGUUUACCGUUAUUUGAGCAGAUAAACAAGCGAGUAGUUUAACUUCCACUGAAGUAAAAUGUCAUUUCAGUAACUUUACUCCAUCUCUAGUAAAAUCACUGAAUACUCUUUCCACCCUUGGUUACAUGCACGUGUGAGUGAGGUUUAUUCAAACCUCUCGUCAUGAAAGAGGCAGCAUCAAUAUCAGGACAGGAUGGUGAGAAGAAGUCGUGAUCCAUGAAGCACCUUUGACCUCAAUUUCCUUUCUUUGGUGCAGUUGAAUGAGAAUUUGGUGACACGGAGAGUUCACUAAUGCAAUAGAUAUUCAUUUGUUAUUUGAGUUUGGCACAGAAAAAAGAGGACUGUGACUAUCAUCCCUUCAGUAUACGUUCUUUGUGGAUUCGGCAGGGUAGGUUACUGUGAAAUCGAACAAAUCCACUUAGUCUCAGCCUUCCAGCAGCUUCACUUAAUGAAGAUAUAGCGGCCUCGGGUCAUUGAGAGCAAAAUGUUCACAUGUUUUUUCAAAAUUUUCUAAACAUGUGUGUAGUGGCUGAUGAGUUAGAGGGGAAAUCCAAAGACUGAGCUGAAAUGGAUCAGAGGAGGGCUGGAGAAGAAAGCAGAGCUGCUGUUUAUCAGUGUGGAGAGUUUGUGCCAGUGUUUCUGGUGUUUACACUCUCAUUCUAAGUUAUUUCUAUCCUUGUGAGCUCCAGUCUGAGGUUGAAACCCCCAGCGAUGACUUCUGAGGGACAUUUUAACCUUGUCUCACAGCAUCUGUUUGCAGGCUGCUUGGUUUGAGGAUUUGGUUAUGGUAUCAGGAGGAAGUUUUGCAUGUUUUGCUGGUGGAUAAGAUCAAGGUCAGCGUGAGUACAUAGAGGGAAGGAGUAAGAUGUUUUUUUUUUUAAAUCAACAAAACUAGCCAACACUUAGGCUUUCAUGUAAACACCCCUAUUUUUAGGAAUACACACGUUCUGUUGGCCUAUAUGUCCAUACAAUGUGCCACUGAGCUGUGGAGAAAUCACAGACCCUGUAAUUUCCUCAGUGAGCAGUUUCUGUACGCAUCAUUUUUUGUGUGGGUGCAAAAUGUUUGGUCAAGAGCAAACAUGUUGUAAAUGUUUGGUUUUGUGUCUGGUCAUGCAUGCAUAACGGGGCCUAUUAUGACAGUUUUGUAGAGCUGGUCAGCAGAUUGACUGAAUUCUUUCUGCUCUGUUACGUGUACAAACCUGAGAUGAUCUACGAGGAUGAGACAGGCUGCUAUAACAGUGCGCUACCGGAAUGCAAAUACACACUUAGACACAGUGGUCCCACACGUACAGUGAGAAGUCAUCAGUCAGCCCUGGCUCUGCUAGAAUCCUUUAUUGGAUGUAGCUGAAAAGUAUUGUGUGUACGUAAUAAAAUUCCUAUAUCAACCUCAAAUCAGUCAGUUCUAUUCAAAGUUAGUCUAUAUUGAGGCAAACAUUUUCAAGAAUCCAAUUUUCCCUCUUCUUCUGAUAUAUUUCAUCUCCAUUGGGACUUCUGGAAAGUCCUAGUUCCCUGCAUCUUUUUCAUUUGAAGCGAGGUUGUAUAAGGUACUUGUCAAUCAUAACUGCAUACCAAUAAGAGAUGCCAGCAAGCUCCACCCCUUUGUUGAGAAAAUGGGUGGAGAGUCUGCAUGGAAGCUGUGAACUGCUGCAGACAGUGUCGAUCUUACCACAUAAUUUAACGAAAUUUAGGGAAUCAAACUUUAAUGUCAGUGUAGUUGAAAACACUUUCAUUCUUAAGAAAAUGUUUCAGCCACCUUGAUUAUGAAGUAUUUUCAUCUACUGGCAAUGUACUGAUCAGCUGUUCAGAUGAAUAAUCGGUCCCUGAUUUUAAACUUUUGAGUUUAUAUGAUAUACUUUACUUCCUGUUUAGACUUUUAGUACCAUAUGUAAAGUAACUAACUUGCCAUAAAUCAUGUCUUUAUUAUCCUAUUUUAUCAAGCAGAAAUUAAUCUGUGGCAUCUGGGGUCCUCCAUGAAUUACUCACUGCUCUUUACCCUUGUUCGUAAGAGUGGCUGCAAUGUUGAUAGAGGAGGUAAAGGUCGUGUCAAGCAUUGGAGCAAACCGUCACUGAGGUUUAACUUGAGCUGCAGCAGGAAGUCCAUCCUCUGCUUUGCUCUAUUCAUUGAUGAGCCGGUGUUCAGCAUCCACUUGAGGUUCUGGUGAUGCCGGUACCAAUGAAGGUUUUGGGCUGUACAGUGUGGAAUGAGGACUCUCAUGGGGUUCUCUACUGUCCUCUUCAAAAAACAUAUGAACUUUGAGUUUGUUCUGAACAGAUCAUCUGAUGUUUCGUUUUCCACCCAAAGGCAGACUUACCUGCAUUAGAAAUGGGCCUACUGUAGGGGGGGUUUAUCCUGGGGGGGUAUCAUCUGCAAAGUGGUCAAAUGCAGGAAAGGCACAGAGAACCAAAAAAAGUGAUAUCCACCUACAAGUAGUAGCAGACAAACUCGUCCUGCAACAGAGCUUAUACUGUAACUGAGCCUGUUUGACUGGACAUCGACCCGGUCAGGACUUUGUCAAAGUCUAGGUGUUUUUAAAAGAAGAAAUAGUGGUUUUGUUUUUAUAACCUGCCCGUUACCUUUUCAGAAGUUAUUUUACAAACCUGUGGAUGUUUCUCAGAGCGGUUGAUGAAGCUUUUUUCAUCAUUUUGUUUGAGUUGCUUUCUAAACCUCUUUCUGUAACCUUUCCAAAAACCUUCCCCUUGGCAACUUUAACCAUCUGAGUUUGGCUGCAUAGGAGAAUUUAUUCAUUAUAACCUCACAUGGCGGUACAAAGCAGCCCUUACAAGAACUGCAGUUAAAGCUCUUAUGAGUUUUUGACAUUUAUGGAACAGACUUAGCCUUUUCAUAACACCCAAAAGUAAACCAGACCAUCAACCAGAGAUUGAUGUUUUCUAUAUUCUUAAAGAAAAGCAAGGGGGCAGGUGUUGACUGUGCAGCUGGAAAGGUAGCUCUGGUUUUACAUCUGGCACAUACAUAUGCACAAUAGAUACAUUCAACUGCCAAAGGUUAGCAGGAUGAUUUUUUUUUGUCAAAAGUCAGUAAAAAGUCACAACCGAUAAACACUUUUUUCACAGGGGGUGCCAAAACUGACAAUAGUCUAGCUGAAGCUGGAUUUUGAAAAUACACAUAAACAUGUCAGUCUGACUGAAAUUGAUCUUUGAAUUGAACAACUCAUAUUCGGACUAGCAUACCUAAAUAAUGCGGGUGGGGCUCAAUUUUCUCUGUCAUGUCGGACUGAGACCCACCUAAGCGUUUUGCACAUGCUCCAGUGUUCACACAAGAGAGGUGAGAGGUGUAAAUGGGUUUCUAGGAAGCCAGGUAGUAAACCAAAUCUUGACAGAGGACGCAAAGAUGUCAAAAAAGACGAAGCUCUCGUUGUGUAUAGUAAAAAGAUAAAGUGCUGUGAGAGUCCUGUUGGAUGAAGUCCAGUUAAAUUGCCAAAUUGAGCUCUAACUGUAGCUCGACUGAGCUAUGUGUGUAAAUGUACUGAAUUACAGCAGUCCUCAAAAUAGUCCAGUUAGUCCUCAUUGGCUUCACUUUUUGAGUCUUUUGAGCUUCGCAACAGUGGAUUUAAUGACUGCAUGUGUGUUGGUUAACAUCAUCACAGAAACUUUCAGUUCUGAUGCAACAGUGACCCCAAAUAUUCUCCUUUUCCUGUGAAUAUCUUCUAUUUUGCCGUGGGUGAUCUCUUGUGUCGCCAACCACCUACAGACAAGAGACUGGUGUCUAUUCAAUAAACUGUGAAGUUGAAGUUCAACCAGUUUACUGCUCAUUAAAAAAGUAAGGAAAGAAAUUUCCUGUCCACAUCACCUGACAAGUAUUGUUGACCUGAUGUUGACGGGACAGUUGAUUUACCAUUCAAUUUACAUGAGAUAAUACCAAGUAUUAUCUCAUGUCAUUUGUACUGCAGUGUUGUAGUGUAGUUGUUGCCAGCAUGACUAACUGAAAAAAAAGUUAAACAGGUGCCAUCUCUUGCAGUUUAUUGUGCUUUUGAACCCCUCUUUAGACUGUAGUUUUAACACAGUAUGAGAGGAAAAGAGUCAUAAAGGGAGUCAGCUCUGUGUAAUUUUCUAUUACGAAAGACUUUGGACUCUACGAUUAUAAGCACAUGCAGGAACAACAGAGUCCAAUAGCCAAUAUUUGGAGCAGGAUGACAAAUUGAAUCAUUUUUUUUCUCUGUCAUUUACCUCAGAUGUUGUCUAUUCUGUAAGCAACUACACACUUUUAAAUCACUGCUCAUAUAAAUGUAAACAAACAAACAAAUAUUUGAUGAAAGUCAAAUCUUUGGAUGCACUCCAAUUAAAACAUUUGAACCCAAAUUGGACAAAGUGGUGAGUGUUUCACAAUAAUUAAUAAGGGUGCUUUUCAAGAAAAUGACAUACUGUGUUGUUGCUUGACUUGUAGUGCAUAAGCAAAGCUUUGUGUCCAUAGGAUACAAACACAUCCUUCAGUUUAUUACGGUAGACGCUUUGAGGAAGAAAUUUAUCAAAAGGCAAACAGACCCAUACAGACUGUAAUCUAACCACAUAGCAGACUGGUGCAUAAUCUGUGGUUUGAGCUGCUGCUUCCACAAUGACAGCAGUGAAGAAAUCUAUGGUCCCUGAUGAAAUGAAGUGAAAACAAGCAUUUUUUAAAAAUGCCAUAGAAAGCAAGCAUGACCAACAGAGGCUAACUCUGCACUCUUUACUGUAUUUAUUUCUGUGGGAGCACCUGUCACUAUGAAAAGCACUUAACAGCAAAAGAACUAUGAAAUCAAACAACAGUCAACACAAGGUAGGUAACAGUGAUGGAAAUAAAAUACAAAGAGGGUCAAUAACAAUCAGAAGACAACAAUAAAAAUUUACAACAUAUCACAAAUAAGAAAGAUCCCAUACUCCAACUAGAAAAGCACUCGAAGAGCACAGACCUCCGCCUAGCAGCUCAUGUCCCCCCUUAAACAAGAAAUGCCCUGACCGGGAUUCAAACCCAGGACAUUCUGGUUGUGAGGUGACAGUGCUAACCACUACACCACUGUGCCACCUAUCUAUACCACUGUGCCGCCCAUUGGUUAUCUUUCAGCAUUGAAAAUUCCAACGACACCCUUAUUUUUGUGUGUUCUGGAUCACAGUAUCAAGAAUUUUGUCAGAAUCACCACCAAUAUGUAAUGGGAUCCUCCUGGGGCUGAGAUGCACCUCUGGUGAAAAUUUCAGGUCAAUCCGUCUGUUACUUUCUCCGUAAAGUUGCUAACAGACAAACAAACAAACCAACGCUACCGAAAACAUAACCUCCUUGGCGGAGGUAAUAAUCCAAAGUGAAAAAAGAAAGACAGCAAUACCAACUUUUAAGAAAAUGAACUACACAACAGAGGUGAGCUUUUAAAAGAAAGUCAAAAGAGGACACUGAGUUUGUCUUUUAGAUCUCCUCAGGCAAGGAGUACAGACUGUAGAUCUUGGUCAGCUUUGGGACCAGUCCAGAUUAAGGAACCCUACAAGAGGACUUCAGGCAGUGGUCAGGCUCAGGAGUUGGCAACUCACAAAUACAAGCCGCAGUUUGGUCAAGGCUUUAAAAAAUCUGUAAAAUCUUAAUAUGAAUUCUUGAACUCACAGGUGGCCAGUUCAGAGGAGCAAGGGCUGGUGUUUUAUGGUUGCUACUGUUGUUGGGAGACUGCAACUUGGGAAUUAUUUGCAGUCUUUGGAUGUCACAUUCGCUGAUACCAGUGUAAAGUGAAUAAGAGCGGUCAGGUUUGGAAUAAAUAAAUGCAUGUAUGAUACUUUCUAUGUUGACAGUAGAAAAGAGGAGCUGAUGUAAACAGGAGUGCAUAUGAUUCUAGGGUUAAGGGCCUCUUAGUGAAUGUGAGUGGGCAGACAGGCUUGACAAGUCAUUGAUUCAGUUAGAACUUGGGACGGGGGAUAACGACAAUGAUUUUCCGACAUUAAAGGGAUAUUCUGGCGUAUAAUUAGGUUAUGGUCAAACACACUGUAACACCGAGUUAGUCACCCCCUCAAGAGAUAAAUAUUGCUUACUGCUUGCUUCUCUAGUUAUACCAACUUUAGUAACGACCGCAUGAUAGCAAUACACAGCUGUCUUUGUCUCCACGUGCAAACCUCAACCAAAACGCCACCCUAUAGCCACAAAUAAUGCUCAGAACAGCACCCAUCAACAGUACAUAUAGGGUCCCAGCCAUAAUAGUAGCCACCAAACAUCUUUUUAGCUUUGCCUGAUUUCUUUAGCUAAGAGACCAAACAUAACUCACCCACUCUCCUCCAGCAGCCGCUUGUUUGUGGGGGUGCCCUGACAAGUCGAUCACUGAAUAAUAAUCAUUUUGCACUGCAGACACUGUUGUUCUUCUGCCUUAGUGUCUCGGUCUGAUUGCAUUUCCAUGAAGUAAUGAUCAUAAAUUUUCUGCUGUACUUGGUGAUCGACUCGUCAGGAAUUUAUGCCAGAAUGUCCCUUUCAGUUUUUGUCAUCAGACAGACUUAGUGGUGCUAGGCUGUAAGGCUAUAGGUGUCAUUUGCAGCAGUCAAACUCUAUAUCAUACCUUUGUUGGAUUUGCCCCUAGGGGAGCAUGUUAACAGUGUAUAAGAGGGGACCCAAACAAGACCCCUGGAGGACACCCUGAGAGAGACAUAAAGGAGCAUGGGGGGAGGCAUUUAUAAGCAUUAAAGAUCAAGACCUGUUAUCCGUUAUCUUUGUGGCUGCUUAUUUCCCAGAGAGCUUUGCAAUUACCAAAAUUUGUCAGAUUAUUAAGGUUUCUACAACUGACAACCUGGAUGACUGUAUUUAGACAUGUCUGCUCUGCCUUCCUUAAUGUGUCAAAUUAAAUUAUGCCUGCUGCAUUUCCCAUACAGUCUGUUUUCUCGCACAUAGACCUAAGGCUAGUUGCAUGUUAAAGCAGAAUCUGUAAAUAGACAUCAAUAUAGCCUAGGGAUGGGCGAUAUGGGCUAAAAAAUUUAUCACAAUAAGUUUUGCCAUUCUGUUGAUAACAAUAAAGUUCCUGAUAAAAAAUAUAAUUAUAAUCUAUAUUUUUGACUCGCUCUGUCUUGAGAACACCAGUUGUAGUAGUCAAAUAAGAUACUUAACCACAAGUUUAAGUGCUAGGUUAUGGAGAAAACUAAUGACACCACACAUUUCUGAACUGUGAAGACACUUUCAGCAUUUACUGAAAAAUGUAGUGAACUGCAGCAGAUCCACUGUCUGAUGUCAGGAAUACCUGAUUGCACUCAUCUAAACCAGAAACAAGCUGCUCAGAAACGUCUUCGUCACAUUUGUAAUUCAGCUCUGCGUGGGCAAUGGCUGUGAGUCUGUUGCUCACGCCUACGUCAUCAACAUUUAUCGCAUUUACCUUACGAUGGCAAAUAUUUAUCGUGGAGGAUUUUUCUGACAAUUAAUUGUGAAUUAUAAUUUAUCAUCCCAUCCCUCACGUAGCCCAUAAUGUAAUUUCAAAUAGUUUACAUUGGCCUGGCUUUUUGAUGUUGAUACCAUUUUGACAUUAACAUCAAGGCAAUUCUUUCUGAAAAAAAGGAAAAGAAAAGAAAAGAAAAUACAGUUAGGUUACUAUAAAGGCAAAAUAAAAUGAUGAGAGUUUUCUCUGGUUAAACAGUGCCAACAGUACACUUCACUGUUUCGUCAUUUUUUUAAAUAGAGAUCUUACUAAAAGUGAUAAAAUGCUAAUUUUUGAGAUGGUUUCACAGAUACAAUAGUGCUUUGAAUGAAAAAAUUAAAAAAAUACAGUGUUAGUGUUGUGCUCUUCAAACCCACUGUAAUUUAGAUACAUAACAUUUAUCUUUCCCAAAGUUCCACCACUAAAAAUUGAUUUACAACUAAAGUUAAAUAAUAGACAAUUAAUUGGACUUUCAAAGAAGUUUAUUGUUUCUUUUGUGUUUUUUAUGCACAUCGUCUGACAUAUCAAACUCAACAGGGUAAAUACUUUAAGCGCAUAAUUCUUUCCGCAUGCCCGUUUUCAAAGGAUAAAUCUGAAAAAUAUAUUGUAUUGUCAGUUUCAAAAGGCAUUUUUAUGAUAAGGCAAACCUCAUGUUGGCAGUAAUGAGGAGAAUACUCGCUGUAUGCCAGAGAAAGGCUUUCGUACAGAAGCCGAGAUCUAGGAGUAAAAUUUAUCAUGGUUAUAAAAAUGAAGGCGUCAGGAAACAUUACCAGUAGGAAAUUGUCUCCAAGUAUUUACAGUAUCUAAUUUCCGAUGACCGCAAUGGAAAAGGUCUGAGCGAGAAGGGGUGUUAUUCAAAACUGGCGUCCAUUUCUCUGUCCCUUAUUUCUAGAAUUGGAUCUGUUUAUUUGUGAUUAAAUUAAAUCAAGCUGCUGGUUGCUGAACUUUAAAUAAUCUUUUUUUUAAAAAUGUUCUUUGUAUUCGGUUCAUACUCGACCAUUUAAGCCUUCGUGGUUGAAUUAUGUAGUAAUAUGUAAAAAUUCUGAGAUGCUGAAGAAACUAUAUGUUCAUCAGGCUGACUGUUUGUUCCUUGUACGAAUCAUCUCUCACAUUUAUCAAUUACUCAUGACAGAUCCUCUUAAAACAACCAUAAAGUAGCCUAUGAGUGAAAUAUUUAUUUUCCAGGAAUUGGAUAAUUUGAUUGACUUUGAUGCAAUUUAUUAAUCAGACAUUCCUUAUUGUAUCUGAUUGGAUCAAUUUCAGAAGUCUGCUGUAAUGAUCACAUUUUACUGUUCAUAGAGCAAACUACCAAUAAAAGCUCUGUCUGAAGCCAUGCAUGCAACUAUACUAGUUUUGCCCCAAAGAGUCGAACAAAACCCCCAAAUCAGCAUUAAACACAUCAAACUAAUGCGAUCUGAGGUCAUUUCAAAGUACUUCAUUCUGUUUGGACCAUAUGCAUUCAUUAAUGCCUUUACCACUUGGUUGAAUUUAAUGAUUUUGUCCAUUUUGGAAGUUGGGCUGCUUUGUCUUAUGAACAGCUGUAUUUUUACAAGCCCUAUCACAAUAAUUUUAAAAUGAAUCACCAAAUUUCAGUGGAUAAUUGUGAUAAAUUAUGUUUUAAUCAUUUUUUAAAAUCCCAUUAUUUUCAUUUCAAAGCAAUUUUUAAGUCCAUAUUGACAGUGUAAAGCAAUUCUCACCAUUUGUCUGGAUUCGGGAAUCAAAUGUGUGCACUUUUCAGGUGUUCGACUUUGGGUUCUUUCUCUGUUUAUACUGGUCCUAUACUGCUGUGAUGCCAUUGUUCCCUACUACAGCUACUUAUUUGAUACAAAGUGCAUAUUAUAUUUGACUUGCCCUCUGUGCAGUGGUGUCAUUAAUUUCCGUCACAGCAACAGCAGCAAGCAGGAAGGUACUGCAGCUUCACUAUGGUGAGCCAAAAUCGACAAAUUAGCACACAAUUUGCAAAAAAUCUUAACUGGAAUCCUGAUUGUGUAACUAUUAACACCUUUAAUGCAGACAACCCAAAUUUUUAGAUACUGACACAAAAUUGUUUUGGCAUUACUGAUCCUCUUUAUCAGUUUAUACUCUAGGCUGGAUUUCUCUUUGAGUUUAUGACUUCCUGAAGCUUGCUAUUGGUAAGAUACACGAUAGGCCUGCAGUUAAUUAAUAACUGUGGUACUAAAUUAAAUGCACGACCAAAGAAACAACAUGAAUGAAAUGUCUUAGUGGAAGAGCUUUUGUCUCUACCUUUUCAUCUUUCUUUUUAGCCCAUUUUUUGACUUUGCUCAUGACAACAGAUGUAUGUUUACCCAAGAGUCUGUUUCUGCCAAGAUUUCUACCUGUCUUUACUGCUGCUGCAGUAAAGUGGUUGCUAAACGGGUGUUUGUAAUAAACAUUACAUAAAAUACCCUCCAGAGCUGUUUUACUAAAGAACUUCUGCUGUGAUUUGACACCUUAUAAAUCAAAGGUAAUUGACUGGUGCAGAUGAAAAGAUAUUUAAAGUGGAUUGGUUACCCCAUUGACAGGAAAAAGUAGCUCCAUACUUUCACGUCUGUGCAGGUCUCCUUUUCAGAUCUUAAAAUGUAAGUUUGACUAGGCUGCUGCACCUUUAAUAACUCUUUCAAUAGAUAGUGAAGCUUGUUGACCAUUAGUAAUUCAUGACUAACUCACCUGUCAAUCUUUAAACUUGCUUUAAAUGGCUCCUCUAAAUGCUUUUUGUUUUUGGUCUCCAAGGGGAUCUCUGCUGCUUGGGAUGACUGUAGGGAAUUGUGUUCUAACCAUCACUUCCUAAUAUAAGACUAUACAUAUCCAAUGAAUUUGUCAAAUUUGCAUUCAAAGGUUUUCUUUAAGUUAAACUUUUGUCAAGUCUAGAGUUUACAGAUAUAAACAUGUUUGGCUUAAAGGGAUAUUUCAGCAUAUAAUUAAGUUAGGGUCAAACACACCAUAACAUCGAGUUAGACACCCCCCCAAGAGACGAAUGUUGUCGACUGCUUGCUUCUCUAGUUAUACCAACUUUAGUAACGACUGCAUGAUAACAAAACACAGUGGUCUAUGUCUCCACGCACAAACCUCAACCAAAAAGCCACAAAUAAUCCUCAUAACAGCACCUAACUUCAGCAACAGUACAUAUAAGGUCCCAGCUAUAGCACUAGCCAUUAAACAUCUUUUACAUAAACACAACUUAACCACUCUCCUCCAGCAGCCGCUUGUUCGUUUGGGGUAGCCCUGAUGAGUCGAUCACUAAGUGCAGCGGAGUUUCGCAGCUCAUGGAAGAACAUUUAUGAUUAUAACUUCAUGGAAAUGCAAUCAGACCGAGACGCUAAGGCAGAAGACCUACUGCGUCUGCAGUGCAAAAUGAUUAUUAUUACUUCAAGGGUAUCUAAUCAGAGUUCUUGUGUAUCUUGUAUGUACACUGCAGACGGGGUAGUUUUUCUGCCUUAACGUCUCGGUCUGAUUGCAUUUCCAUGAGGAAAUAAUCAUAAGUUUUCUACUGCACUCGGUGAUCGACUCGUCAGGGCUCCCCCACAAACAAGCGGCUGCUGGAGGAGAGUGGUGAUAUGUGUUUGGAGUUUGUGUUUUUAAAGAAACCAGGCAAAGCUAAAAAGAUGUUUGAUGACUGGUACUACGGCUAGGACCCUAUAUGUACUGUUGAUGACAUUAGGUGCUGUUCUGAGCAUUAUUUGUGGCUACGGCUAACUAUGACACAAACGGUACCGCUUUGUCCACAAUGGUCAGCAAUACUGAAACAGGCGAAAACGUUCUCACAGGAGCUUUAAAGCCAAGAACUUUAUUGUCUUAAGUUCCUUUGAUGUUGGUUAAUCUGUUCACGAGUUGACAACUAUCUCUUAGCAUGUUACAUUGUGUUUCAGUUUUUUUUUAUUUCAUGUCUGUCCCUUUGACUCUAUGAUGUCUCUCAUUUUCAGGCUGUCUGCUGCAGGAAGCAACAGCAAACAGAGAGCCUUUGAAAACAGAAUCCAUCUGCCGGCAUGUCUGAGAAAUGCUCAGCAAUGAAAUGAAGACCUGAAGACAGUCAACUCAUGAACACAUGUGCACCCUGCUGAACACGCACACUGAAGAGUUGCAGACAACAGUGUUAUAGGACUGUGUGAGUGCGAGGUUGGCCCUCUUACACACUGCACUGUAAUUCAAGCAAAGGACAUAAGUCGAAGAGUAUGGUACAACCGUCCAACUCAGCCUACCUGCUGGGAGGCCUUCUGGGUAAGAGCUUCCACAUGUCGAUGUUUGUUUAUGAUGGAGUAGUUGCUGCUGUUAAUGUUGAUGUGCUGGUUUCCAUUGGUGUGAAAAGGUGCCUGUCCUUGUAGAUAGCUCCAAGGUCAGAUUUUAUGUAAAGCAUCUGGUCAAGACAUCUGCUUUUCGUGCAUUGCUUUGUUUACAAUCAGACAAAGUGGAGUUGGAUUUGUAAAAGAGGAUUACCUGCAUUUUUAUGCAGGUAUAAAAGUAAAGACAUUCAUUAAAAGUACUGUGAGAAGUUUUCAAGAAUCAACAAUGAGGAACCUUCCAGACAAAUUCAUUAGUGUUUAUCCAGGAUGGAGACUGCCUUUCCCAUGAUCACAAUCACGCCAGGCAAGGUGUUGCUCUUGCCAAUGUUUGGAGUUGUUGUGAAAGCUAAUGAAUCACAAGCAGACUUUGUUUUUAAUGCUACCUAAAAAAAGAACAAGAGUGUGCACAAGAAAAAGAGCACACUCCAACAAUAAACUAACCUUAGCUGCAAAAUUGCACAAAAUAAUAAAAGGUCAUAAAAGGUGAAGGGGAGGCUCGGAGUAAAACAAAAUUCACUGUAACCAGACUAAAGAAUAUCAAGAACAUCUAGAGUGCUUCUUUCUUUAAGUGUAUUGGUUGUCAAGCUAAUUAGACUUUUUACAAAUAUUCUAAAAUAAUAAAUAGUAUGUCUUUAGUAUGGUAAAAAACAUUACUUUCUUAAAUCCUGACGAGGUGCUAGUAUAAGUGUGCGACUAUUUAAAGUUUUGUUUGUUUGUUUGUUUGUUUAGGUCCUCUUAUUACAGUGCCUUAAAGCUCAUAGCUUGAGUUACUUAUAGUGGAUUGUGUUCAGCCUCUUUUUGCUCACCACACCUGUCCAGCUUACACUUGUAAAGGGUUAAUUUUCUCUUUUGGUUUCAUUAUAUUUCUCAACCAAUCAACCAAUGGAGACACUAAAAAAUAAUGUUUGAGAUAGGUGCAGCUUUAGAGGUAUGCUUUUUUAUACUACUCACAUAUCCUUGUGUCUAACAAGAAGAAUAAACACAGCAUCAUAUUGGCUAAAACAGAAUAUGGAUUAAUCUCCUCUGAAGUAGUUGGUGAAACAAAAUCAUGUGAAUGUGAUCAAACAUCUCAACAUGAAUGAAGCCCCUGAAAAGACAUUUGAUACUUAAUGGUAAUUUGGUUCAUCUGAUUUGCACUCAGGUUUGAUUAUUCAGCAUCAAAGGUGUGAAGGCAGGAAACAAAUAUAAUCCCAUUUGAGCGCCUGUGACUUCAGUCUGUGUGUUGAUUUUUGGUUAGAAAUAUGUAGGUCUCUUUGUUAAGCCUGUACAAAGCUGUAAAUAACUUAUCACUGAAGUCUGGAGAUAAAAAAAAUUCCUAAAUUUUUCUCUGCAAUGUUUACUAUGUUAUUCAAUUACACAUUUAUUGAUGUAAAAGACUUGAUGGGUUUCAUUAUCAGAGGCCCUAAGACUGAAAUUAUCAAAUUUGAAGAUGAUCUGUCGCAUGCUGUUGCUAAUUGUUGAUCCAGACGAGUGUGAUCAUAUUUCCAAAAUUAGCGUCUCAAAGGGAUAUUUUUGUUCCUUUUGAGUGGGGUCGUAUGAGGUGCUUGUCAAUAGUGCCUCUGUUGUUACCAGUGUACACGCCCUUCGAGAAACACAUUACCAUCACUGUCGACACAUUAAUGGCUGGAGAGUUCCUUUUAUAUUUCAGUUCCCUUCCCCUUCAAUAGUUCACAAAGUGUAUUGUGAUAAGGUCAACAUAGAGCGUUGUUUGUUCCAUUAUGCAGUUAAAGAAAAUAAUGAAAGCUGUAAAUGUUCUUCGAAGAUCCACUUCCUUUUGACUUGUCUGUUUUUUAACAAACCUUUAAAAAUUGAACAAAGCGAACUCUGGAUGGUGAGUGAUGCAGACUACAGUCAUAUGUGAGCCGCUGUUUGAGUUUUAUCAAUUCCAGUUCUGAGUCCAGUUUUUCAGACCCAUGAAUCCGUCGAUCUUAUAGAAACCUAGGCCUAGCUGCUAGGGUCCUCUAAAUCAGAAAGGUCCUGUUGUUAUAGAGUCCCAGGCGUUACCACAGUAGUUGCCUUGAUUGAGUGAGCUCACAGAUUACACACCUGUAACACCAGGUAACUCUCCUGCUCCUGUUUUUCCUCAUUUGGUCUGUGGAGUCAUCUUCUCCCUCUGUGAACUCCAGUCCUCAUGUUCCUACAGCGUCAUUUUUCUUGUAAGAAUCAGUCAUUAUUCAAUCAAGUUAUUCUUUGACUGAAAAUGUACAAAUAGGUUAUAAACCAACUAGUGCUGUCAAACAAUAAAAAAAAAGUAAUCAGAUUAAUCAUAGGGUUGCUGUGUAUUCAUUUUGAUUUAUCAUGAUUAAAUAUCAUUCAUUUUUGAUCUGUAUUAAUCAUGUUUCAUUUGCAUGAGGAAAGAGACUCAGGAAAGCUCAAGUGCCAGCAGAAUCCUAGACUAAUGUAUGCUUCAUUAGAAAAAGAAAACUCCUUUCUGCAGAGUGUGAAUAAUCUGUUGUGUUGGUUGACUGUUUCAUCUUGUUUUUUUGUACUCAAAUUUCCCAUGGAGAGGGCCAACGCUCAACUUCUUGGUAGCCCUAACCUUAUUAAAGCAGUUGUUAGCUUUCAUUAGUGUCCAUUUUGCAGGAUUCCUUGUUGCAAACACAAUAAGUAUUGUCAAGAACCUCAAACAACCCCACAUCAAAAACACUGAACUACUUUUUUUAAAGGCCUUGUGGUGAAUGUCCACUCUGUGUGGGCAUUUUUGACUUGGGCAGCUGUCAUUUAUAGAUCAGUCCUGUUUGUGAUGAUGCUUAUAAACUUGCUGUCACAGACGUGGGUUAGUAGAUUCUUUCCUCAAACACACGACAAAUGCUGCUUUACCCUAGAAAGAGCUCUUGCCACCCUUGUAAACCUCAGUCCUGGUGUCCUUGCAUUGGCUGUCAUCUUUGUGAGAAAAUGAAGCUAAAAAUGUAACAUAAAUGCAUGCUCUUUAUACGUGAAGAAAAAAAUCACCCAGUUUUUAUGAGGUGCAAAUAUUGUAAACACAUCAUUUGUCCUCCAGAAGGAUCGUCAGUCUGCUGUUGGCUACACACAGAAGCAAUGCAAUACAUUUUCUGACAGCUGUGCACACUUUGCAUGCACCAUUAGAGAUAAUUUAAGCGCCUGUCAGAAACUUAGGUGUCAAUUUUGGCACCCUCUUUGCACAAGGCAGUCUUCUCUUCUCUUGUCCUCUACAUAUCUGAGUUGUCUGACAGAAAAAUAUCCUACUGAUUUUUGGUUGCUAAAUGUACAAUUUAAUAUUUUAUAUGUAAUGUGGAAAUCUUAAAAACUGGGUUGUUUUGUAUCUCCUGGAUUGACACCUACCCCCUCACACUGCUUUCAAGCAUCAUAAAAUUUGCAAAAAAGACAUUAUAAAAGACAGUUAUCACAUUGCUUAUGAUCUUGUUUGCAUUUUCUGUCAUACAAAAGCAUCAGUAUGAUGUUCAUUCUGUUUCAUAGAUAUCAGCAAAUGUCCUCACAGGAGUUGUAACAUAAUCCUGAAGUCUUUCUCUGAAAGUUUUUCAAUGGCUGUUGUUUCUGUAUGCAGAACAAACACAGGUGUUUUGUCAGUGUUUUUGAAGUCUGUUUUUAUUUGAACAAACUAAACCUACAGUCCUAGUUUUUACAGUGAAAAUGUUGUUUGUGUGAUAGUACAAUGAAUACUUCACUACUGUUGAUUAAUUUGUUAAGAAAACAGCUUUGUCCCAGGUUAAGUGACUUAUUGAGUGGACACUGUCAUGUCACAGAAACACUUGAAAUGACCAUAAGUUUUAGACACACCACAUUGGGGUUGCAAUGGCAUGUCACCUGCAACAUCUAAGUUUGAAUGCCAAUGCCAGCGUCAUGUCUGAUAAGAACCAACCCUUUUCAAAGACGGUUGGCUUGACAAAACAAACCAACUAUUUGAUCAUUUGUAUUAUGCAAUCUACACCCCCCAUACUCAGGUAUUGUAAUGUUUGGGCAUUUUACACAAAAUCCUGAGCCUUCUGCAAAGACAUUCUCCAUGAGCCCCUCACCAAAUCCACAGCUAUUUUAAAUUUAACCCCUCCUGCAAAAGAUCUUGUCUCCAACCCCCCAGUCACGGUUUUAUGUAAGAAGUAAUUUAAAUGACCUGACCCAGCAUUAUUAAUAAUCCCUCAAAAAAGCCAAAGCUUGGUCUUCUGGGUGGGAGUUCUUUGUUUGAGUCUCCACUGGCUCCAACCCCCACCCCAAACAGACUCAUUCUCCAUCUCCUGACUUUCUAAAUGAUUUCUGCGUCCAUCUUAAAGGCCCCUGUCUGGGUCUCCAUUUGUAUUAUUUAACAUGAUGUUCUGUCGCUAAACAAUACCUUUCAAGGGUUGCACUGCGCUGCAAAAAAUACAAUUGAGUUUCCUACAAAACUCAACUGUUACACCACCAUUGUACUGUGAUACUGAGCCACACCAUGCCAAUCAUGUAACUAUUCUAAGGAAAGUCAUUUAUUUAUUUUAUUUUUUUAACAGCAUUAAAAGGAUGCAAGAGAACUAAACAGUGGAUUACCCAGAGGUCAGCAGGGUCUGAGUUGAGCAGCUUCCUUAAACAAAGGUUCUGUCUUCCCCUACAAGAGGUUAUCCUCAUUGAAACUGGUUUCUUAACACCAUUAUUUAUGUAGACCGUAUGUAAAUAUAAAAACUACAGUUAACGUUUUUGUGAGUAUUCCAGGAGUAAAAGGCCUCUCAACAGACCAUGUAAGAUAUUUUUUUUUGCUUAUUUCUCAAAACUGGAUAUCAUCACAGAUUAAUUCUCAGUGACAAACUUAAUAUGAACAUGGAUCACCCACUUCACAACACCUUGAUGGACUAAAGGGCAAAUGGUGGUGGACGGCUCCUCUCUCUUCGCUGCAGGACAGAAAGAUUUAGAAGAUCUUUUGUACCAACAGCCAUCCGGCUUUAUAACUCUUAUGUAAAUAAUAGAUAACUUUUAGAGACAUAUUACGUGAGACAACAGACAAUUGAAUUUCCCUUCGGGGAUCAAUAAAGUUCUUCUUCUUCUUCUUCUACUUCUUCUUUUUCUUAAUACCAGGGACGACAUAGAGAAACAUCAUAUCAAAUGACUUUGAAUCAGGAUCCUGCUCACUCUGAGAAAAUAUGCAGACACUGUAAUUCAAUCCAAGUACAAAGAUUGAUUUCAUACAGUUAGGAAUCAGUCACUUUACUACCAUCGCGGUGGGACAUCUGCUUUGUGUUUUUUCCAGAUGUCCUUGUAGUAAAUACAAUACUGUAUAAAAGGAGAUAUUCAUAUUACCUAAUGACAGUGAUACAACCCAGGCACCUUCAGGGUUGAGGCAUGUUGAGCUCCUUCACACUUCAUUUGUAAGAAAAAUCUCACUUUUUGUGAAAGGGCUGGAGUGUAUCAAACGUUGGGUCAUUGUUGUCGGGGCGAAAAAUUCAACUGUGCUUGGCAUUUUUUUACCUUUAUUUUUAUGUCAUAACGUAAACUCAUUUUUUCCUUAGACAUAGUGCGGAUGUUUUACAAGCUUACUUUUAUUAACAUAACACUGCGCAAGUAUCACCCUGUUGUUGUAUAACAUGUUAGAAAAGCACAUAUUGGGAACGUAAUGGUCAUGGUAGUGGAUCAGAGGCAUAUUUCUGCAUAUACAAAUACUGAUAUUAGAGCAGCUGUGCUUUAUAAAAUGAUUAAUUAGACUUGUUAUAGAGGUGGAAUAUCUGGAUGCAGUUUAGAUAAAGUAAUAUAGCAGUACAUUGGAGACUACGGUUAAGUGUAAAUUUAGUCGUUAAAGCCAUUAACUAUAAAUUUAGAUGGAAAAAUCUAUCCUACUUCAUACAGCAAAAGAAUCCAGUUGUGCAGCAUAUCUGAAUCUCAAAAGUGUUUAAAAAAUAAACAGACAGUUUGACCAAAAAUCAUUUUGUUGCCUAGUUAACAAUGUCAACGAUUUUAAGUGAAGACACUGAGGCUGAUAAUGUCAUGAUGUCAAGAUACUUUCUUGAAGUUCAUAUACUGUAUAUCACUGAUAAUCUUUGACACUGCUCUCACAGGCUUCAUAGUCAAAGGUUAAAAAAUCUUAUUGGUGUUGCUGGUGGCGUCAACCAAACUGCUCCUUUCUGCAGCAUGCACAUGUGUACAAGACUCCUCCUCAGUCAGGUCAUGAAAAUGCCUUAGAUGGACCCUUUAGGGACUGGGAAAAGCAGGACUGACCCAAUUGCGUUUGACAGAGCAUUCAAAAUGUGACAGCCUUUGGUGCACUGCUGGGAGGCAACCACUCCAGAAAUGCAUCCUUUGUUGGUGCCGACUCUGAAGUGGGAUGGAGUCAUUGUGUUUUUAGAGAUCUCAAACAGCUGGUUUAGCCUCUGUAUCAAUUCCCAUCUUGAGUGGGAAAGUAAGAUCCCAUCACAAGUUAAAUCUGACUGCCAAGAAAUUUAAAAUCCUCUUGGUAAGACACAUAAAAUCUCUUUGAUGGGUCACAAUCCCAUAAAAGUAAUUUAAGUUUACUAAUUUAAGUUGGAAAGUGAUUUAAGUGAACAUGCAAUGCAGCUUUGAAGGGAGAUGGAUCACUUGAAAGUAAAUGUGAGGAGUUUGUAGCUGUUUUUCAAAUUGACUGAAGUUAAUACUUAAUCUUCCAUUACCUAAGCAAGCAAACAAGACGGUCAGGAAUAACACUGAGUAGUUUUUCCUCCUGUAAGUGCUGCCAGCUGAUUGGUGGAUAAGGCUAUUCACAGACCAUGUACUGUACAAAAGUGUCCAUGUUUGUUCUUGGGAUAUCUUCCAGUUAGUUAGUCAUGAAUGCUGGAAAUUUGGCAGCAUCAACAGAUCCUAUAGACUGUAAUUACAAUCAGAAGUAUUCAGAACCUUUUUAGUUUUUUCACAUAAUGUUGAAACCCUCAUAUAAAUCUAAAUCCCUGAAAUGAAAAGCAGGAUUUGAUAAAUGUUUGCUUAUUUCUGUGUAACAAAAAAAUCUGAAACCUGGCUUUGCUUCAAGGUAACAUAAUCCUUAGCAGUUUUGGGUACGAUACAAGUAGAUCUGGAUUUAUCCGUAGAUCUGGACUGUUUGAAUUCCUCCUCCACAGAAGCUGUAAAACCCUGUAAAGUUUGAUGUUGACCUUUGGUGGACAGCCAAUUUCAGGUUUCUCCAGAGAUUCUUGAUCUGGUUUUAGACAGAGCUCUUAGUCAGCCUCUCAGAGACCUACACAGAGUCUGUCAAGAAUUUCUGCUUCAUCUCAGAUGUGUGCUGAGGGUUAUUGUCCUGUUGGGUUGCGGUAGCUGCAACCUUUGGCCCAGUCUAAGGUCUUGAACUCUCUGAAUGAGGUUUUCAUUGAAGAUAUCAUUCUGUCUUCUGCUUCCCCUCAAGCUGGACUGUUCCUCUGAAUUCUGUCAACUCUUUUACCACAGACAGUCAUCAUCCUAUCUUUGAACCAGGCCUGAGGCGUGGAUGAGCUGCCCUUUUUUUGUCUUCAGAGGAAAGCAUCCCAAGCUCUUUCCUUGUAGGACCAAUACCCAAACCUCAGAUAACUUGGAAUCAGUUAAGAAAAGAUAAGAUGUGGUAUCUUGAGUUAAGAUCAAACUAACUUCAUUCAACAAUGAGCUUUUUGCUGAAAAAUAUGAGCAUGUUUAUGUCAAAAAGAUGUGUAUUUCUGUUGUUUUAUUGGAAAACACUGGACUAUCAUCCUGUGGUAAGAGAUAAAAUGGAUGAAUUGGGUAAAUUCACAUUGGUGACAGUAAAACAGAAAGAGUCAACAAUGCAGUACUUAAAACAAUAAAAAAAGAGAGAGAGAGAAAUGAGCCCCCUAACUCUUUCCCUAAAUCUAAAAGUAAAAGCUGUCACAGCCCAGGCCUCUGUUGCUUUGUCCUCCAUCAUGUUGUGAACAUUACACUGUGGCUUCCACAGCAUGCUUUUGAUGUCAUGUCAUGCCUCCUCUGACAGCCCACAAACCCCCUCCUUCAACAGGGUCGAUCUCACGCUGGGAGCGACAUGUGUGAACAAGCAGCUCUGGGUAAAUUGUAGGGACAGAGUGGCAGAGUUGUAUGAGAGAAGUUUAAGCUGUAAGUGAAUGAAUGUCGAUGCUGAUUUAUGUGAGGCUUUUCAAGUUAGCUCAGCUUUGACUAUCUGCAUUGGUAGAAUACUCCUUCACACUGUCAUGGUCGCAUGCCAUCAAGAAACAGGGCUGCUCUUUACAUGCCUUUGUGGAUUUCCAUGGUAACAGCUGCAUUUAAGUUAUUGUAGUCCUGAGAACAAGCUAAACAAGUUCCAAAGUGCUGCAAACGGUUCAUUAGUUAGCUUUUGGUGAUAAUUACACGUAAUUGAGGUCAUUACCUGCACGCUACCUCUUACUCCUUAUGCACUGUUGCAAGAACUAGCAAAAACCUGCUUGACCAUUGAAGUUGUGCAUUCUCAUCCAACAGACUGAAACACUUUCUGAAUGGUUUAUUCAUAUGAAUGCGAAAUCCAUAGGAGACACGAAUUUAAGCUCAGACGUGAUCUGGCUUCUAUUUCGAGAGGUAUCGAGAAAUUUUGUCUCAGCAUUUUGUGUGUGUGUGUGUGUGUGUGUGUGUGUGUGUGCUGGAAUCAGUUCAUAUACAUAACACAAGGCAGAAGAGAAGAAGAAAAACAUCCUCUCUGAACCAAUCAUCAACCAAUCAGUUAUUUGCUCAUUGGUGUUUAGCCAGAAUAAUUGGUACUUCAAUUCAAGUAGAAAUACAAUAUCAAAAUCAGCAAAUCAGUUCGAUAUUGAUAAAUAUAAUAGAUAUAAAAUAUAAUGUAUAAUGUAAAAUGUAAAUGUAAUGAAAUUUAACAGUGCGUAUUGGGAGCAUGUCUUUUGCCAUACGAGAAGUUACUGCAUCUGUGAGGUCUUUGUGUCUCUUCAACGUUUUGUUGUAAGACGUUGCGCCAGAGAAAAAAAAAACUGAAUGGUCGGCUGUUUCGGCUGCACAGGAGCCAUGGGCUUCUUGUUUCGCUCGGGGUUUGUAACCUUUUGCAUAGCACUCAUUUCCUUUUUUUCUUACCAACAGUGCUGUCGGCUUCACGUGUUGAAGUGCUAUGUUUGUGUUUAGCUGCAGCCUACUAUUACUGUUGUUUGCUACUUGGUUCUAAUUCAGCACAUGAUUGCUUCAGCGCAAAGCGGACCCAGAGCAACUCCCCGUUCCAUUGGCUAUUCGUAUCAUCCACCAAAGCAUAGCACAAUAGUGACUACCGAAAAGCAUAUCGACCAUGUUUUAUAUUGAUAUCAAGGGAAAUUAAUUUUCAAUAUUUAUCGCCAUCGCUUUAUUGCCCAGCCCUAUUGGCUCGUUUCCAUCUGUAUGCUGUAUUAUGAUGUUUGACAGGCUCUCAGACGUAAGUGCAUCAUGUUAAGCAUUUCAGCCCCAGAUCUUUGCCUUAAAAUAUGCAAGGGUUGCUUUCAGACAGUUUGACGGCCUUCACAAACUCAUAUAUGAAAGCAGGCUAGUUUAAGGCAAAAUUAUCAGACUACUAAGAUAUGUGCCAAGUCAUUUUGCUUCACAACUUAAAGAACAGGCAGUUGAAUCCUUUCAGUAUACCAGCAAUUUCGGAUGACUUUUUAAAGGUUUAACAGACUUGAAUGCGUUUUUAGAUGCCUGAAUCCUCCGCUUAUCAAACAGCUCAAUCAAUCAAUCAAUCAAUCAAUCAAUGAAUCAAUCAAAUUUUAUUUAUAUAGCGCCAAUUCACAACAGUCAUCAUCUCAAGACGCUUUUCAAGGAACAAGAGCAGGUCUAGACCACGCUCAUUGUUUGAUGAUCAAGAACCAACCUAAGAUGGGUUUUGGCCCAUCUCAACUAACAUGAGUAACAGUGGCAAGGAAAAACUUCCUUUUAACAGGCAGAAACCUUGGGCAGGACCAGCCUCAUGUUAGACAGCCACCAUGCAGUUGCUGGGUUGGGGAGGAAUGUAGAGUGAAGAGGGGAGAGGGGAGAGGGAGAGAGAACAAGAUAAGGGAAGGCGAGAGAGAAUGAACAGCUGAGUACAGCUGGGUAUACUCAAGUUAACGGAUUGGAUGUUCCUCCAUGUGUUGCUCCCAUAUGUUUCAUCUUAAAGCGAUGAGUGUUUCCAGUGUCCUCUUUGCACACAAAGACUUCCAGAUGGUGCAGCAGCACUUUCACCUCAAUACCUGUGAAGAGAUUCAGUCUGAUUUCAGACACACAUACACACGUGUUUAUAAAGUUCAGUCAAAUACAUAUGUGUGGUGAAAUGUUUCUUUUAAUAGAAAUUGCGAUACAGUUGUUCAUGUUUUGGACAGAAAAGGAAGCUACCUUUUUGUAGAGUGGUUGUCAGAAGUUUGGUUUGGUUUAUGUCAACUUGAAACUUUUAUGCCCUGGCAUAAGAAAUUGACCUUAGAAACAUCGUAAAAUGGGAACUAGGUAGGACUUUUCUAUUCUUUCUGGCCACUUAUAGCACCUGUACACUUAUUACUCAUCACUUUCACCCAUUCACAAACCUGUGUCCUCUGGGUCCUGCAGACUGUAUGUACCCAUGUGUCUGUAGUUUAGAGAGAGUGAUAGCUACAGUGCAGUCAGAGUGGUUUCCUCCACCUCUGAUUGAAAGUAAUUCAUGCAACAUUGUUCUGAAACAAUGCAAGCUCAUUGAGUAAAUAAGCACGCUGUCUGCUUGUCCAAAUCAGUUAUGAUCAGAAGUCACAUGUGCAUGAGAAGAGUCAGAGUCAGACCUGCUGUAAAAUACAAGAUGAACUAUCAUAUUCUUAAUAUUCUCAAUGUUCUGGAGUCUUCGUGCAUAUCUUAGUGUAAAAUAAUGCUUUUUCACCUGAAUUUUAUAUUUUUAACAAAAACCUUAUAUUAUGUCUUUUUUUAAGGGGUUACCAUCUUUCUCCCCUUCAGAGCCGUUUCUCUUUCAAACAGCAUGCCGGUAAAGAGCCUGAGUCACAUUACAGACAAAGCCUGUAGAUUUCUCACCUCAUGCUGAGUGUCUUUCUUUGGGUCUUUGUUGCUCUCUUUGGUGAGGAGAGAGAUGAGAUAAGACCAGAUACCAAGAUAUGAGAUGAAAGAAAAAGUCUCUGUUUGAAUAAUUUGGGUUCAAAGAUGGUGAGAUAUGCUAACAUGACUGUUUUUAGAGGCAUAAACAUUUUCUAACUCAUUGGCUACUAACCUUUAGCAACUGUUAGCAUUCAAACAUUUUUUGCUGUAAACAAGCUAGCUGCCACAAAUUAGCAAAGACUACAUUAGCCAACAGUGCUGUUUGCUUUAAUACAGGCCUCUUCUGAUGCAUGCUAAGGUAAUAUCAAAUUAUAUUGUUUAAAAGAAAGUGGUUAAAUGAUAGACUAUAUAUACUAUAGACAACCUUGUCUCGCUUCCUGUCAUUGAAUUGAAGCCAAAUUGCACUCGGUACUUCCAGGAUUUUCUCCACUUCCUGGAACCACCACUUGCGCAGUAGCAUUGUACGCAUAUGGGGGGAGUCGCUAUGAUGCUCAGUUCAAACAGCGUAUACCUACGCAAUCUUUGUACGCCCAUAGGCUGUAUCAAGUGUCAAUCAUAGAAAACAUGAGCCCCCUAAUAACUUUUAAAAAUUGAGCUGUACAGAAAAAAGAGGACUUGAGCACAAACCAGUCUUACAGUAACUACAUGUCAACAUCACAACCAGGGGGGAGAAAAAUUUAUAUUCUCUGUAAUUAAUUUCUGAAGUUUGUCCACAACUCCAUGGGGAUUGCUGGAGGAGGCGGAUUUGUGACCUAUACUGCAGCCCGUCACCAGAGGGUGCUGUUCUCAGCGUGGCUUCACCCAGCGAGGAGGAAGAUGGCAUCCAUUUUAUAUACAGUCUAUGGUUUGAAUACAGUUGUUGACUUAGACAGCAGCCAAAGGUCUCAUCAGCCUUGUUAUAGCCAAACAGAAAAAAAUGCCUUAAUAAUCCCUCUAGACUUUUGUCUUUUUCAGCUGAAAACAAGGAACACAGCAAUAAAACUUAGCAACUGUAUUUGAACUUAUAGGGAAAUAGCUACCAUGUUAUUAUGAUUAUUGCUCUGGGAUGUAGUUACUGCUCCAAGUCUGAGAAAUACAGUUUCUUCACUCCACCAGUCAAACUCUUGAAUGAGAUUUCCUUUUUUUAAGGAAGAUUUUACUCUCCAGCCUUUGCCCUGUGCUCCAGGAAAGGCUCUCUGGAGCACAUCCUAAGCAGCUGUUCGAUAGCCCUUGGGGAGGGUCGUUACCGCUGGCGGCACGACCAGGUGCUGAAGUCUGUUGCUGUAACUAUCUCCAAAGCCGUGGCCAAAAACAACAGCCGCAAGCAACAACCUGGCAACAGGAACAUCGCCUUUGUCAGGGCUGGAGAGCAGCCACAGUCACAGCCCAAACCAGCAGCUGGCCUCCUCACCUUAGCGGUGGACUGGGAUCUCAGAGUUGACCUUGGCAAGCAGCUCAAGUUUCCAGACCAGAUCACAACAACUUCCCUGAGGCCAGACAUCGUGCUAUCAUCAGUCUCUUCAAGGCAGGUGCUCCUGUUAGAGCUGACAGUUCCCUGGGAGGAUCGCAUAGAGGAGGCAAACGAGCGGAAGCGGUCAAAGUACCAGGAGCUGGUCGAGCAAUGCCAAAGAGGAGGGUGGAAGGCACAGUGUGAACCCAUUGAAGUGGGGUGCAGGGGCUUUGCUGGCCGCUCAUUGUGCAAGGUUUAUUCGCUACUUGGCAUCACCGGGGCUGCAAAAAGGUCAGCCAUCAAGUCCAACAUGGAGGCGGCAGAGAGAGCCUCCAGGUGGCUGUGGAUCAGAAGGAGCGAACUGUGGGCCAUUGCUACUGGGACACAAGCCAGGGUCUGAUCAACCCUAGGCUGGGUCACCUGAGGGAGGACGUAUGAUGUUGAAAGACCCGAAACGUCCGAUGAACUCAGGAACAUCACUGAUGAUGUGUCCCAGUUGCAUCUCAUGAUGUAUCUUCAAUUACCCUUGAUUAAGGAGGCUGUCAGUAACUUUACUCCGUCUGACUCAUUUUAUGAAUGCAUCUCUCCUCCAUUGAAGAAAAACUUGUUGACCUACAGUUCUAAACUCUUUAUAAGGGACCACUGUCUGGGAUUUUCAGGGAUCUAGCCUUUUUUGGUCCUGAUUGACUCUGAGAGUGUACAUUUUACCAACUCAGUGUCAGAAUAAAUUAGCACGCAAACAAAUCCAUCCUUGGUGCAACUCAAUGACUUUUGCUGAGGAGUAAGAGAAACCACUUAUGGUGAUUAUAUCUUUGUUAGUUUGUAAAAAGCCACCUAAUCUCAAGAGACACCCUUUCUUCAUGUUUGAGACAGUGCUGGUUCGCUAGGCCUUGACUUGGAUGAGUUUCUAAGAGGGUUCAUUCAGUCAUGCACUCAUGUUUUGGUGAAUGGUGAACUGAACCACUCAGUUUGCAACUCCAGUUCACUCUUAAGACUGUGAACAAUCACACGUUCUGGGAGGAUCUGAGAGGAAUCAAUGCCUGCUGAGCUGUGUGCCUAACAGCAGCCAAAGUUGAAUUGACAGCAAACAACUAGCAUCCAGCAUGGCUUAAGCUAUGAGUAAUGCAGUAGAUGCCAGUGCUUAUGAAGGCAGCUGUUGUGGAUAUCUGAAGGGGUUGUAUGAACAAUUCAGGAUGGACUCUGACUGAAACAUGAUGAUAAUAAUCAUGAUAACGAUUGGUUGACAUUGUUGAGAUAGUCAUGACAGCUCAUGACAAAGUUAAUAUGUAAAAACUUUCAAACAGGAAAAACUGGCCAUUUGAUGUUAAGAAAGACAGACUGCUUCCUGUGAAGUAUAUAAUGUAAAGACCGGCAAGGUCACAGGCUGUUUAUCAUGACUCAGCAUCUUUGGCAAAUAAAACAUGUUUUUGUCAGCCUCAGAGGGAACAGGGUGUUCUUCAAGUUUUAUCUGAGUUUCAUUUUAUCUGCCUUAAGGAAGAAAUUAUAUCUGAACAUUUAUUGUCUGGUCCACUUUGAUCCAGACUGAACCAACUGUUAGAUCAUAUUGUAUAAUCAGAACCAAAACUUCACUUGUUCAGUAAGUGUUUCAGCUUGUUCAGUUUGCACAAUGCUUUUAACUGAUGAUUGUGGUUGUUUUCAAAGACUGCUGAACUUAAUAUACCAUCACCUGCAUGUAGGUUACAUUUGGGGUUCAAUCUAAAAUGUUUUGACAACUCUUGAUUGGAUUUCAAGGACAUUUCGUGCAUGCUUUUAUCAGGACUUUAAAUGCAGCUUUACAGGAAUGAUAGCACCAGUCAGAGAACCAGGACUCUCUCCCUCCAUCGCUCUACAUUCCUCCCCAACCCAGCAGCGGCAUGGUGGCUGUCUAACAUGAGGUUGGUCCUGCCCAAGGUUUCUGCCUGUUAAAAGGAAGUUUUUCCUUGCCACUGCUACUCAUGUUUGAUGAGAUGGACCAAAACCCAUCUUAGGUUGGUUCUUGAUCAUCAAACUAUGAGCGUGGUCUAGACCUGCUCUUGUUCUUUGAAAAGCAUCUUGAGAUGACGACUGUUGUGAAUUGGCGCUAUAUAAAUAAAAUUUGAUUGAUUGAUUUGACUAAAGCCGGGCUGUCAAGUCCUUCAGAGGUGAUCCAGAAAAUUGAAAAGUUCAGUAAAGACAGUGAGAGAUGAAACCUUUAUUGGAGACUCAAUUCCAUUCACCUUCUCUAGUUUCCUCAUUAAACCUUGAUAUUAAGGACACUGGUAAAACAGCUGUGUCAGUACUGUCAGGAACUGUUGUUGGUGAGAGAUGCAGUAAUCAAGCUCUGAUUUAGAGAGGCUCUGUAAUAUUGUUGUUAUCAAGUCCUAAGUAUCUCCUCUCAGUCUUGCAGUGGUUCACAAAGGUGUCCUCUUUGUCCACAGUAAAUGCUUUCUCCUCUAAAUUCCCUCAGCCUUUCGGAUUUGGAGUGAUUUUUAUAUCCUAGACAUAUAUUAUACUUUAUAUCUUAGUAUUACAUUCAUAUAGCUUUCUCUGUCCAACAUGAGGCAAGCGAAGGUCCUACAUUUAGAGAUGUCCUUUAGACGACCAUAUAUGUCAGGCUGGAAGCCAAAAUUCGAUGCUGAAUGAACUGUGCACAUGCUCACAGCCACACUGGGACAUUUUCAAGUUUAAGGUCUCUCACGGGGUUGUGGACUUAAGACUGUCUUUUCCUUGUAAGGACUUUCUGAGUACAUCUUGACUGUAUAAAAUAGAAUUGAUAACUCAAAGAAGUUGUCAUUAAAUCAAAUCUGUCUGCAUGUAUAACCCAACUGUUUUUAGAGGUUUUAUUUGCAUCAACAAAUAAACAUCUCUUCCUCAUACUAAGUUUCACCCCUUAAGGUUUCCCAUAUUGGUAAAACUUUUUUAAAAUGACAAGAAGCAGCUUUCCUGUUGGGAAACAUGUUCAUCCUGAAUAUUAAAAAAAAGGUGGAUCUUUGUUGAGUCAAAAACAAUUUUCAUGGAGAAAAUUCUCUGGAUAUUCUCUGGCACAGCAACGUCACUAUAACUCAAAGCCAUUAUGAAUCCAACAGAUGUACCGCCAAGUUUUAAAGGAUAUAGAAAGAAACAUGCAUAUAUCAUUUACAUAAAUAUAUUGCUGAUCUGGAUGCUUGAUCCAUCACAUUUUUUUUUUGUAGCCAGAGUGAACAUAAAACCCAUACCAAGUAAAGUGAAAGCUUGUGAAAAAUGACUGUGCAGCUUUGUGUUUCUUUCCUUGUAGGCCUGUUUCUGUUGGUACCUGUUCAGAUGGCCCAGACACCCGCCAGCAUGUGCACCCCGCUGAAGACACUCAAUGAUAGCCUUAGCCAAAGGCGGCGCUACAUGGUAAGAGAGAAGCAGCAUGCUAGCAACCGUGUGUGCGACUUGCAUACCGAGUGAAGAAAAUGUUUUAAUUCUCAUUUUAAUAAAGUAAAAAAUGACAUUAUCAAGUAGGACAUUUUGCUAAAAUCAAUCAAAAACAUGGUGUAUACUAAACAUUUGCUUGAAGAACACAUGCAGUGUUUGUAGAUAGUGGAGAUAGUAUAGCAGCCUGCGUAGCUGAAGUUUAAAAUGAGUGAAAAACAUUGCCAGGAUGCAAAACACAAACACCACCAGCCCCAGAAACACUGUUUUAAGAGCACAUUGUUAGCUGUGGGACAUCCUCACUUACAUGGAAGUAAUUUUACUUCAAACAGACAGUUGUUGCUCAGAAGAUGCUAAUGUGUAGCCCAUAUUAGAGAGCGGUUGCUGUCAAAGUUAACUAACUCAUCUCACUAUCUGUGAAUUAAGCACAGCGCAGAAUAUGACUAAUAUAAAAAGCUUUAUGAGCCAGCAGCAGACCAUGACUGACCAGUUAAGAAAUUAGCAAGACAAAAACAUACUCAAUGACGAAUGAAUGACUCUGUUUUAAAGAAAAGAAUAAGGUCUUUUUUCUGAAAGGUCCUGUGAGAAGUUGUUUGUUGUUUUAUUGAUAUGCCUUUAGGACUCUAAAAUGACCAUCAAUGAGAACUGUGUCUGAUCUUACAAUCUUAUUCUGUCUUUACAUUAGGUCUUUGUAAGAAGAGUAUGGCCUAGACCAGCUCUUUUUGUUUACUGUCCAGUGAUAACACUUGUUGUGAACUGGCACUACAUAGAUAAAGAUUGAUUGAUUGAUUGAUUGAUUGAUUCUGAUGAAGUGUGUACACUGUUGAGUGCUAUUUUUGAAUGUUGUUAAAUUUUGUUACACUUUUCUAGUACAUUUCAUCAUUUUCACAACCUUACAUUACAGUCAAUACUUACGACCAAUUUCUCACUUGAAACAGUGUCACACCUUCCUCGAUGAUACAUGUUUGAUAUCUUUUCUUUCUUUGUGUUACAGAAACACAACUUUCCCAUCAACUACACCAUCAAAGUUCAUCAUAAUGAAAUCUUUAAAGUGUCCAGCAUCAGCAAAAUGGUAAAAAUUCUCAGCACAUGUACACAUGCUUUUGUUCUUGGGCUGUUGGUUUGACUGUUUUUGAUAUAAGAUGAUCUCAGACAGAACAAACCUUUCAUCAAAGUGACAAGCAUGACAAAAGUUUGUGAAUUUACUGUACGAUUUUUCAUGAAAGCUAGUCUUCGGAUGGAUUCUAUUCUUCCUAAUUCAAGUCAUAUCACUUUCCUCAAAGUCUGGAUCGUAUGUCGAUCAAAAAAGUGAACCAGCGUGUCUGCAGCAGCUCAUCUGGCAGCCCUCAACUUCAGCACCAUGUUUCUGUUAGAAAUGUCAGACAAUACCCCAAAACAGAACUCUUAUUAUUACAUAUCUGUUAGUGUUUUCAGGAGCCUAUGGAUUAACCUUGUUUAAGCUAUUUUAAACUUUAAGAAGUAAUGAUCCUAUUACUUAGUUGUUAGAGGACCUCCUGGUUCCCCUGCUGUCACUGUUAGGAUGCUCCUCAAACUAGUAGUUUUAUCUUAAAGAAACACAUAUAUUAAUCAAGGAAUGAGUGUUUUUUUUUCCCCCUUUUCGGUAUGAAUCAGAGGUAAUUAUUGGGGUCAGGGGUGGCUGUGGCUCAGUGGAAGAGUAGAUAGUGUCACAGUCAAAGGAUUGGGUGCCCAAAUCCCUGCCAUCCAUAAGCUAAAAUGUCCAUUAACAAGACUCGGAGUGGGAGUUCAGAGUCAAAAAAAAAAAAAAAGGAUUAGCUGAUAUUGAUGGUACAAACACAGCAGCCUCUGCCAUCAGUGUAUGAAUGUGGAGUCAAUGAAUAAUUGUGACAUGUAAUGAAAGUGCUUUUAAGGGUUAGAGGACGAGAGAAAGUGCUUCACAAGAACAGUCUAUUUGAAAUUUACUUAAGCGAUUUACUGAAGCAGUAAUUUAAUAUCAAUGUUAAUCGGUCAAACUUUAAUUAAUCAUAAUUUAUUUAUUUAUUUAUAUUUAUUUAUCAUAAUUUAUCAUCUAACAUGUAUCUUCUUUUCACUCUUACAUCAAACAGAGGUUACUUGUGGAGGGUCUGGAUGAGCUGGUUCUCCAGAGGCUGUGGUUCCAGGUUAACCAAGGAGUGUUAAAAAAGGUGAGACUACAGUAUUUGGGCGACAGUAGCUCAGGAGGUAGAGCAGUCAUUCAUUAACGGGAAGGUUGGCGGUUUUGAUUCCCCUCUAUCCCGAGUCUGUCCGUUGUGUCCUUGGGCGAGACACUUCAUCCACCUUGCUCCCAGUGUGUGUCCUCCACUGGUGUAUGAUUGUGAGUGUUGUGUGGUGGUGGUUGGGGGGGCAGUAGGCGCAAACUGGCCCCAGGGCAAUUGUGACUACGAAAGUAGUUUACCACCACCAGGGUGUGACUGUGUGAGCGAAUGAGUGAUGUAUCUAAUGUAAAGCGCUUUGAGGGUCUCUGAUAAAACGGUAUAUAAAAUCUGAUGCAUUAUUAUUAUUAACAACUCUGAGAGAAUUGCUGUCUGACUCUUAUUCCUUUUAUCCGUCAGUUUGAGCUAUUUUGCUUUUUCUCUGCUCCAUCCAAACAUUUGUGAAUCAAUCAGUGCACCACCUGUUUUUUUGUUUUUUUUUAUAUACUUGCCUGCUAUGUUGUCGUAUCUCAGUCUCUUCAUAAUGUCAGACACAGGGGUAGAAUCCAUUUCUCUUCUCCAUGUAUCAAGCAAUUUUUGGCACCAAUUUGACAAUUCUAAGGAAACAACAUGGUCUGCACAUGUUGUCAACCAACCCGUGCAGUCACUUGUUAUUAAGUUUGAAGUUAAGAUGUCUAGCAUGUAAUAUAAAACAUCUGUUUUUCAUGGCAAAUCUUUGGUGUAACUGACAAAACUUGAAAAGAGAUGUUUGUGUAUUUUCUUUAGUUUUUAGGCUCAGCAGUGGUUAGCCUGGUGUCAUAUGAUCACAGAGGGAGCUGAAAGAUGGCUUGGGAAUGUUGGGGCAUGCAGGGAAACUAUUAGAGAUUUUUUCUAAGCAUGCCUCUCCCACAGUGUCAAUAAAUGUAACAGACAUUAAGAGUCAUAGAGGGAAAUGACAGGUGCAUGCGUUAUAUAAAGGUUUAAAACAUCAGACGGAAGCCAUGGGACAACAUUUCUGUGUCAUGACUUUUAAAUAAAGCAUCAUCGAAGAUAAACUGGAACUAUGAAACUGCAAAUUAUCAUCUGUCUCAUUAUUCAGGCAUUAUGUCAGUCAAACAUAUCUUUAGACACAUGAGCCCUUGCUCUCAGAAGAUUAAUUUCUAGUGUCUUAAUUUCCGAGAUUUGUCAACAUUUUGUUUUUUCUCUUUCAGCUGCAAGCUUAAGAUGUCAGUCAGCUUAAUGAUAGUGUUGCCUACCACACAACGAGUAAAAACAGUUCAAUUAAAACCACAUCUGUCAGGAAGGACCAAGUGUUCCUAGCGGGUGUAAUAAAUUGAGGGUUGUACAUAUCAUCCCUUGCCUUUGUUUGUCGGCUCAUGAUGGACUGACUCAGCCUCAGGCCUGUCUGUGAAAAGUCAACACGUUUUUUUGUUUUCAGAGCUGUUGAUCAAAGUAGUCAUGGAUUGAGCCAUCUCACGUCUUUCUCACACAUGUUAUACAGAAAAUGAUUCUACAUGUUAAUCAGCAUUCAUAAGUGUGAAUCACACACGCGGUUGACCACAAGGGUGUUUGUGUAAAUGUGGCAACCAGAUAGAAGUCUGACAGGUCAAGAAGUUGGCAGGAUGAGCUGACAGAAACACACAGUCCUUUCUAGGCUUGUACUUCUCUUUGGCCAUGCGCUGCCACUGUUACAAUCCUUCUAGCAUCUUAAGUAAAGAGACUUGAGAUGAAGAUGUCUUACAGUGUGUUGUAUUCUGGGUUUGCAUGCAGAGUUUGGUUUAUUGACAUUAAACAAAAUUAAACUCUGACUUCUGUAAAUUAUAACAUAAAUUUCAUUCUUUUCCAUAACCAGCUUAAACUCUUCAUGCAAGCUUUAUUAUGAUUUUCCAUGUGAUUUUCAGGCUGAAUACAAUCAUCACUAACCAAUUUUUACAAAAGAUCUUUACAUUGACAAACUCACAUUUUAAAAAUUGUGUCUAUUUUCUGUUCCAAAGAUUUCAGUCAGAGAAGACAAAUAUAAGAAUGAAAGGUUAUUUGCUGCAGCAGACACCGAUAUCUUGAUCGAAAUUCUUGGGCGUAUGGACUCCGUGGGGGGAUUUUGAGUUCAGAAGGAUGUCUGAUCUAGGGAAUGGCAGGAAAAUCCCUCAUAGAGUCCAGACAAUGACAGCAAAAAAAGGGAAUGAAUGGUUAUGACUUUGAUUGCAAACAUAAUCUUCUUGACUCAACUUUAACUGAAGAGACAUCUCAUUAGACCUUUUCCUAAGUCCCAUUCCAAGCAACUUCAGCCUUAUUAUGUAUGAAUUCAACUCUUUAUUUAAUUCAAUUUUAGAUCAUCCGAGUCCUGCCAGAGAGACAUCCUUCGCGCCCGUACACAGCACGGCUGGAGAGUCGCUUCAGAGAUUUAGAGGGAGUCUUUGUACAGGCCCAUCCAGCUGAGGUAAGAAAGAAGGCUCGUAAAUUUGUUAUAACGUAACUAAUCAGUUAGGAAGAGAAAGUGCGUCAGACUGUCAGAGUCAGAGGACAUAUGGCAUGAGACAGAUGCCACAUUGAUUCAAUAAAUUUCCUGAACAUUAGAAAAUCUAAUAAAGCCUCCAGCUUGGACCCAAGUUAAGUGACAGUAAAUUUAGCCCUCUCAUUAAUCACCCAGUGUGGUGCAUAUUGGGGAUUUCCUGUUGAAAUGAGUGCUAAAGUACACUGUUUGAUUUGAUAUUUUAUGCAGAAUCAAUCAUUUUUGCACAGUCCAGUCAGUCUGAACAUGAGUCCUCAUUUAUCUCUGUGCUGCAGCAUGUUGGCUCAGAGACAGCAGUGAUAAUCCUUCACUCUCUUGACUACUGGUCCAACAUGGACUUUGGGAUCAUUUGGUUAUAUUCAAACCCAGCUGUCUAAAUGUUUUCUGUAACUGGACUCAUCACAGGCAUGUCUGACGCCAGUUUUGAUCAAUGCCUGUUUUUUUACUCUGAUGAAAAUUUUAAGUGAAAUAUUUAUGUGGUACUAAACACAUGCAAAGAUAUUUCACUAUUCAAUGAUAUUUCACUUCUUGAACUUGUUGAACCCCUGCAAUGUUUGUCUCAAGUGUCAGUGAUUGAAAGAUGAAAGUGAGUUUUCGUGCUGUUGAAGUAUUUAGAGGGAGUGUGUUUUCGAUGCUGCAUCACGCUCCCGCUGAUUUAUCUUACCCAGAAUCUUUGGAUGUGAAUCUCCUCAUGCAUCUACAUCACAUUUUAUCACUUAAAUUUAGCCAACUUGUCCACCUCUCACUCACACAUAUGUUUCUGUCUUCGUUGUAUUUUGGCCUCUGCAGGUGUUCCAGCAGGAGCUUCCAGAGACCAUCCAGGACACUUGGGAUCGUUUAACAGAGGAGCCAGAGAGAGUGCCACCGUCCAGCUGGAGAUACGCUUCUCCAAAAACCCUCCUCGACAAUCUGUGUUAUACCAUGCGCUGCCUAUUCAGGGAGUGCUUUGCCAGCACAGAGGCACAGCAGGACUGUGAGUAUGGCAGCAGGAGACAUGUUUCACCCUACAGUGACAUUACAGGCUCUGAUUUAAAACACUGUCUUCUUUUUUGUGGAGGGAGGGUCAACAGCAAGGAGCCAAUGGCUCAGCGGUAUAAGCACCUUAUGUAUAAAAGCCAUAGUCCUUUUUUGCAGGGCUGGACUCUGUGUUGUCCUAUCUCAUAAAGAGAAAGGCAUUAAUUGUAACUUUAAAAAGGUCAUUAGCAGAGGCUGUACAAGUCAAUAAACUUAGUAUAAACUAAAACACUAAAGAGACAGUACAAAUAAACACUCUGUACCAGGUUUCUGACUUUAAGAUGGUAGCAAUUGGUCUAAACUCUUCUUGGCAGGACAUGAUGUCAAAGGACCCCCCCACCAUUUGUUCUCCAUCUUCAUCUUGGAUAAAUUGUACUAAAACAAUAGCGUCCUGAUCUGCCCCAUAUGAGGUGAAAAGUUUAGUGAAGCAAACAUUUUGCAUCCCUUAUAAAUUGUUAUAAUUAACAUGAACAUUUGCUUCUCAGAAGUCUACUCAAGGGCAUGUUAUCUGACAGAGGGGGUUAAGAGUCAACAUACAAAACAGCUUUUUUCGGUGUUUUGCCCUAUACGGCGGAGGACAGUGUUUUUGACUUUUGAAGUCCCACUUGUCAAAAACGUUGCAAAACACACAAUCUCACACUUUAUUUUUUCAAAGCAAAACAAUGGAAAAUACCAAGAUGGCAUUUUAAUGAAGUGUUCCAUGAAGGCAUCGGUAAAUAGUUUCAGUGCGUUGAAAUUAUGGAAAUAGGGCGAAAUGUGAUUGUUCCAAUAUGAUAUCCAAUCCCUUGCUUGAGUUGUAAGUUAUAAGUCACACUCUUCUUCUUUUCUGUUCUUUGUUUCAUAACAGCUUAUUUUCAUUAUACUGUGAGUUUGUUUUUUAUGUAAUUCACACACUUGUCUAACACAGUGCAUGGACAGUAACUUUGAUAUUUUACUGUUAGAAACUGCCAGAGAAAAGGAGUCAUGAAGGUGUAAAGUACAUUUUUGACUCAAGAUAUAGCGUACCUGUGCCAUAACAAAACUCUCUAGGCACCUGCUCACACCAAAGCAAGAUAGAAAUUCGGUCAACUAGCCAACUGACACCAACUCAGCAGAGACAUGAGGGUUGUAAAGACAUUAUUUCCUCAUUAUAUUGCAGAAAAAACUUAAUAAACGUGUUACCAUGAAAAUAAUAAAUUUCAAAAGAACUAAUUCAGGAGCAUCCUGUUUUUACAUAUACGUCAAGCUUGAUCACAGUCCUUCUCUAGCAAAAUUCAAGAUGACAUUUACAGAUGGAGUUCAUUUUUUUGCUCAGUCUCAGUCAUUGAAUUGACUCUGUGAAAGUCAAGUCAGUCUGUGGUUUUAAUUAGAUUAAAACCACAGACUGUAUAUAGAAUAGACAGCGUCUGCCUCCUCGCUGGGUGAAGCCACCCUGAGAACAGCACCCUCUGGUGACGGGCUGCAGUAUAGGUCUUAAAUCCCACCUCCUCCAGCAAUCCCUAUGGAGCUGUGGACAAACUUUAGAAAUUUGUUACACAGAAUAUACAUUUUUCUCCCCUCUUGUUAUGAUGUUGACAUGUAGUUACUGUAAGACUGGUUUGUGCUCAAGUCCUGAAUGUGUACAAUGCUACUGCACAAGUGGCGGUUUCAGGAAGUGGAGAAAAAACCCAGGAAUACAGAGAGCUUUAUGGCUUCAAAUCCGUAUAAUGAUGGAAGGGGGAACCAAGUUGUCCAUAGUAUAUACAGUCUAUGGUUAAAACAAGGUAAUUUCCAGAUAUGUUUAGCAAGGAAACAAACCCGAGUUCAAAUUAAAACUUUAGAACUUUAAAAGGAGAGUGGGCCUGCUCCAUUUGAAGGAUGACUAUUAUGUAGUUCAGAUCAAACCUUUAACCAACAUCUGUAUCCCAGUGUUUAAAGCCAGGAGGAAAGACACUGAGCUUUUCAUGAUGAUCAAUCCUCCAAUCCAUUCUGUACUGGCUCACAAUGAUCUAGAUAAACUAGUAGAUACCAUACAAAAUCCUUGGAUGAAAGUCCAGUUAAAAACCUGGAAUACAUUUAAAGAGGAUUAUAAAUUAAAUGAGAAAAUACAAAUAAUCCGAUGGUGUGCUUAUGGGUUCAAGCAAAUAAAACGAAUUAUGGAUUUGGACUGUGGAUCACUGAUGGCAUAACAACUUGAAAGUAGGCUACUUCAAAGGAAAACAAGGUCUAAAAAAAUCAGAUUUUUUCAGAUACUUCCAAGUGCACAGUCACUUUGAACAUAAGACAUAAAACAGCCUUGAUUUAACUCAUUUUGAUAUUAUUUAUAGGUACUUACCAAAAUGUUUCAAGUAAAGUAUCAUCUCAAAACUUUAAGGGUGGUUUAUGGAAAAGAAACUACACACCACCAAUCUGUCAAUAUCAAGUGAAGUCUGGUUAGGUGUCUUUAAACUGCAGCAGAAAUGUACCAAUACACAUGUACAGAAAGAACAUGUUUAUGAAACUUUGGACAAAGCGGGUUAAAAAAAUCAUGGACAGAUUUUUGGGAAGUUGCCAGUCAAGCACCUUAUUGUAUUGCCCUGUCAUAAGAUUUUUUCUCCUGUGUUACAUUUCACCUUGAUUUACUUAAGGUUACUGUAUACACACAGUCUCCCCCAGAUUGUAUUUUGUUAUAUCAACCGUGCAGAGAGACACAAUUAAAAACUCAGCCAGGUUGGGCCCUGGGAGAUGGUCAUGAAAACUUCCUGCUUUCUUUAGUUCUCAACCUCUGGCCCUGCCAAUCCAACAAGAGGAAUACAUAGAAUUAGCCUGUGUGAGGACUUGUUUGUGAAAUAAAGGCAGAAGUAUUGAACUCACAAUGAAAAAAUUACAGUGACAAACAUUUCAGGGGAAAUUAUUAUAGUUAGAGGAAGACUAAGCCACAACACAACAGAUGACAUGAAAACAGACGGGCUUGAUCAUAACAUUUAAUCACAGUUCUUGUAGUCGUAACUGACAUUGAUCGUAAAAAUAUUGAUUUGUUGGUCUUUUCUUUGCUAGCCUGGCUUCCUUCAGACUCGGACACUAUGAUGACAAUAAUAAUAAUUGAAUGCAAAAGUCUGUGUAUAAAACAGUAAAUUGUGAUUUUAAUGCUGUAGGGAUGAUACAACACUGGAUUUUGGCUUGAAAAAUAAGGCGCUGACACAUUGACGACUGUUCUGGGUCUAUUAUGCAAAGUCCAGCCUGCAUGCUGGUGAUGGCCCUAGGUUAAGCAUACAGACACUGGAUUGAUAUCAGUCCAUUAUUUGUUUUCCCAUGAAAAACAAGCAAAAAAUAAAUAAAAAUAAAAAUAAUAUAACAAUAAAAAUAAUAGUGCUAUCUGCUGAACUAUGUCUUUCAAGCACCUUUAUGAGGAAUAAAAAAAAAAUAAUCUGAACUGCAGAGUUCCUUUCAAAACAGUUUUAUUCCAUGUCUAAAGGUCCUUACACACCAGCGAAUUUGUGGAGCUAAGCGAAAAAGCGAGACGAAAAUGCGAAAAUAUUCGCCUAUACACACCGGGCGACCACUCUGUGGUACACACUCUCUCCCAUCGUUGCUCUUGGUGCCAGUGGUGGUGUGUGUCGCGUGAACUGCAGCCGCAUGGGUCUGUGACAUCAUCAACAACAUGACUUUUGAUUGGCUAGAAGUCUAGCAGGUCCAGAUAUUUGCCUGCGAAUCUCCGAAAAUUCGACACAAGAGCGAAAAAAUAAAAGAAGCUUUUCGCCCCGCGGAAAAAUCGCCGCCGGUGUGGAAGCUUGCAUUGACUUUAUACUGUUUUAAAGAAACGCGAAUAAUUCGCCUGGCAAAUUCGCGCCUGGUGUGUAAGGACCUUUACCCUGUAAGACAAAACAUAGAGCCUGCUUUUAGAUAGAAAGAGAAAAUAAUUGUUUAUGUGAUAAAGUAUAGUCCCAGCUGUUUCGUCAGUGUUUGUGUGGUUAAGAAAAAUAAGUCACACACCAUGUUAAAGUAGUCCAAGUCUGUGGUUUCCAGCCUCCCAUCAAACACAGUACAGUGCAGUUACAGCAGCACAGAUGUAACCACUUCCUAUGCCAAAAGGUGAAACCUGAGGAUGAAGUUGUUUUACUAUUUGGGUUUAUUAAGUUUGAAUCAUAUCUAAUGAAAGAUGAUUUAUGUCUGAUGAAAUUUCUUAUUUUGUCUUCUUUGCAGACUGUGAUGUUUCUCAUCAAAGGAAAGGCAAGAAGAAGAGGCUCAAGCUCAAAAGCUGAGAGGACGCUGGUGGGGUGAAGUUGUCUCUGUUGAUACUGAUAAGGGAUUGGUAUCAUUACCUCUUCUGAGCUAAUGGGAGAAGAGUAAAUGGACAAUCCACACUGAAUCCAGAAAGUUUUUUUUUUUUUUUUCAAGCAUUGAUAUGUCUUCCCCAAACUGUCCUGACAAUAUGAUAAAGAUACAAACUCUACCCUGGCUUCAUCAGACCAAACAGACUGAAACAGUAGAAACAGAAGCAGUAUUUAUUGUGAAUUCAUUUGAACAUAAACUUCUUCACACCCCAGCUCAUUAAACCAAAUGUCCAAAGUAUUGUUCAUAAAAGUAAUUCAGGUGGAUGCUGAGAAAUCGGGGUUCAAAGUUUUGGAAGAGAUUUGUUCAUGUUCACAUGUCUGGACUGUACAGGUGUGGGAUCAAGAAACUGGGUGUAAGUGGAAACUAAAAGAAGGAGGGUGUCGUACAAACUGCUUAUUCCUGGUCAGUGGGGUUAACUUCACUUGAAGUGAGGACUUCACUGCAGCUCUGCUUAAUUUUGGUCCAAAAGCUUAUGAACUAUCCUGGUUGACCCGAACGGUUAAUCUUGAGAGACCAACAAGAUGAAAUGCGAGACAGCACAUCGGACCUUUGUUAUUCUGAGAAACUUAAGCUGUCUUUGUAUCUUAGCCUGACUUCUCUUCCACAAACAGCUCUUUGAAACUGCAACGAAGAGUAAGAGAAAUGUACAUGAACUGACCUUCAAACCUAAAGGCUGAAUGAUAACUACUGUUUUUUUUUCUUUUCCUUUUAUUAGUUGACUUUGCAUUUUGUACCUACAGCCUGCAUUUAAUGUGUUAUUUCUGUGUAUAGUCUAUCUAACAACGUAUGAAUCCUGUAAAAUUUCCCUGACACUUAGGACAUUGAGAACUAUGUUAAUGAAAACUGAAUUUGAUGACCUUUGAAUCCUAUUUAUUGAAAAUAGUGCAAAGACAACAUACAGUAUAAAAAGUUUAAACAAAAGUGAAUUAUGUGUUCAUUUUACAUUUAAUGCCAGCAACACCUUUUAAAAAGUUCAGAGCAGACACAUGUUAACUUUCUUGCUCAUUCGCCCUUACUUUAACAACACACUGUAAUCUUGUGGGAACUUUGAGGAUGUCAGUUUCUGGGGUUUUAAAGGUGAAGUGUUAUCUCAUUCUCAUUCUUACCUGAUGUAAGAGAGUAGCUGCUGAAAUCGCCUCUGUUGUGUAUCAUCUCACCACAUCAUUUCAUGAUGUGCCAAAUAUUUUCAGUAGGUGACAAAUUGGGACUGCAGCCAGACCACUUGAGCAUGUGGCCUCUUCUGUAACUGAGUCAUGCUGUUGUAAUACGUGCAGAAUGUAGUUUGGCAUCGUUUUGCUGAAUAAUGGGAGAUCAUCUCUGAAAAAUGCAUUGUCUGGAUGACUUUACAGUUCUUUUCCAGAUGUUCAGGCAACCAGUGCCAUGAGCACUUUUGUAUUCACAUACCACUAUGGAUGCUAGCUUUUGAACUGUGCGAUGAAAACAAGCCGUGUGAUCUUGUUUUUUUCUCUAGAGCAGAGGAUGUAAAGUUCAUGUGCCCCAAAGGGAAUGCACCCAUGUGUCUGGAUCAUGUUUAACCAUGGUUUCUAUCAUUGCAUGGUACAGUUUUAAUCUCCAUUUAUGGAUGAAACAACAAACUAUUGAUACAGACAAUGGUUAUUAGAAUUGAUUUCCAGCCUAUGCAGUGGCUUCCACUACAGAUUCAAUGCAGUACUGCCCUAGGGUCCAGCGAUAGUGGCAAGUAUUAGUUUUCAUCCUUUCUUUCUUCAGAUUAUCUGUCUUUUGAUUCAAUGAUAUGUAAAAGAUGAUGAAACCCCCAAAGUCUCAGUUUUGCUCUGAAAUUGUUGAAGUAUCAUGUAGUCUCUCUUAAAGCAGUUAGCUUCUUCUUACGUCAAACUCCCUGAAGUGCCAUUUUUACACGAUUGUGCCACUAACCUGUUUCAUAUUUACCAGAUUAUUAGAAAGAUGUUUGGCUUUUUUCCCCCUUUUUUUGUUAAUUACAUAACUUUUUCAGAGUUUUGUUGUCCCUGCACCAACUGUUUUUUAACGUGUUGCUGGCAUCAGAUUUUAAAUUGUUAUUGCAUCAUUAAUCAAGAAAUGCUUCAGUUUCUAAAUCUGCUAUGAUGUCUUUACACUACGUCUAAUGGAAUCUCAAUCAUCAAUCAAUUAAUCAAUCAUUCUUUAUUUAUAUAGCACCAACUCACAACUAGUGUUAGCUCAAGACACCAUACUCUAUAAGGUUCCAAAUCAGUUUUUAACAAACAGUUCACACAGCAUCCUACAUUUUCUGGGGCUUAGGUUAUAGAACUCCACUAUGUGCCUAAAAUGCAGAAGGUCUCCACAUUCUGUAUAUUCUUUUUGUAUAUCUAUCAUGCUCAGAACGUCAGAGUUGUCCUCAAAAUAAUAUGUCUUUUUCUUCUUAUAGCUCUGUUUUUUACUUCACUCUCAAAAGCCUAGUGAAUAUUUUCAUAUCUGAAAUAUCUAUGCAAAGUUUAGAGAUUGACUAUCAAUAUUUCAGGUGCCUCUUAGCGCUACGCUUAGAGCUUUUGAUGCUCUUCAUCCAUAGCCCUGACUUAAAGUGAAUUCCAAAUUUCAAGUCUUUUAAAGAAAAAUAUUUACAAGGAAACUUUCCAGUAAAUGUGCAAAAUGAAAAAUACAAUUAGUCAGAGUGCUUAAAUGUGGCAAACAGGGCUGGGUUCCCAUAACAGAAUUUCAAGACAUACAAGUAUCCUUGUGCUGAAGCUGGAAAAAUGAAACCUUAGUUUUAACUCAACUCAGCUGCAGAGAUUACAUAUUUGGAAUAUCUUUUUUCAAAACAAAUCUGUUGAUUUUUUGAACUCCAACUAAUUUCAACCAGGAUCAUAUUUAGUAAGUUUUUUAUGUGAUUGUCCGUCAGGUUGUUUCCAUUUGCAAUUCUGCUGAAGGCUAUCAAGAGACUGCUGAACAAAAUGCGUUAACAUGUGAAGUUUCGUGGAGGUCCGAAAGCAAUUAGAAAUCAUUGUGGUUUUGGACUCAUGUUUAAUGGCUUAACUUAUGAAGGAUAAUGAAAAAGGUUUGAGCGAAGGCAUAUCGACAUGAUUCGUAUUAAAAUCAUAUGAGAAGCACACAAAGAUGCAACAGAUUUUCCAUGGAUUAACCAGUUUAAAUCAUUAGGUAUGUGACUGUGGAGUAAACUUGGGAAAAGCUUUUUAACUCAGCACUGAACUGAAAUUAAAUGACUGGAUCUUGUCUUGAGGAUAGUAGUAGAUAGAUAGUAGUGGUAUGGUAUAGUAGUUUGUUACUGCCACAAAAAAACCUGACAGAGCUUUGUAUUUUCUUUUAAUAUGUAAACAUACUUUGCGUAAGACUGAAAUCUUGCUCACGGGGUCCAGCAGAGGCAUUCAAAUCUGUAUGGAGCUACAUGUUAUGGGAACAUGCAUUUUCUUUUAACUCAACAUACCCUUACACUGCCAGAGCCCACACGACAUAGAUGUGCCACUUCCCUUCUUUUUUUCUCUGCUGGUGACUGAUAAGCCAUGAGCCACAGAUCAAAAAUUGUGUGCUCCCCAAAUAAAUUGAGAGUAACAUUAGAAAUUUCCACCACAUUGUUUACUGGUGCUAUUUGUCAGUACCAAUUUUGCCACACAGUUAACAGUAAGAGGUGAACUUAAAGUCAGAAUAAGAAAUGUAUCCUAACUCUUUUUUAUAUGUGAUACAUGUGACAUACUCUAUGUGAUCAGGUUGUUCUUGGCAUUGUUUAUCAAGGAUUUAUAAUGAAUGGGUUUUUAGUAAUGACGAUGGCGUAUUUAACACAACCAUUGAUUAAAAAAGAGUUGGGUAAUAUGACAUAAUCAUCCCUCUUCACAGGUUUGAACAAAAGUGCAUGAUCUGUGGGGAGGGGAUCAAGCACUCAGAAUCAGACGUGUUAUUAUUUCAUUUUGUAGUACGAGAGUAUUGUCUUGUCCACUAAUAUUUUGUUUCAGCUUUGGCUUGAUGAGGGAUAACAACUGUGCGGAGAGCAGUCCUCCAAAAUUUCACCCCAGAACCUAUCUGUAUUCAUCUAACAGCCAGUCAAUGUAUAUGUCUAUAAAUAUUUGUAAACACAUAGCAAAUAAGGUUGUUCUUCAAUGCUCACUCAAUCUUGCUUCACAAAUUGCCUGUAAGAAUACAAACAAAGGCAAUGCAUGAAACUCAAAGGUUUUUUUCCAGCACUUCAUCCCUUGUCCUUGCCCACACUAGAACUCCUCAAAAAGUCUUGUUCUCUGGUGGCUUUGUUGUCUUUGGCCUACAGCCAGUAGGUUCCCAGGUAGGAGACAAUGAACAGAGUAGUUUUUCCCUUUGACAUCAAAUAUGCCUGAGUUGAGUUAAACUUAUGAUAAAUGAAUCACAAGAUAAAUUUGUUCUUACAGAAAUGUGGUGGGAAUCUUGGUGAAAAAAAGUCAAUUUGCACAAACACCUGCAUCAAUCCAAGCUUGGUCUUCAAGGCUGUUUCUUGAAGGCUACAACCUAACAGAUGUAAAGGGUUUAAUUGUUUCUAUACCUGGAAUGUGUCUAAUGUUUCAGAUAUCCUUUGUCAAAGUUGUGAGCACAGUAAGUUAUCAAUUCAAAAAAAGAGUUUUCCUGUGCAAACCAAACAGGCUUAACCCUAACAAUACCAGAGUUAACAAGUAAACUAAUACAACGAUACAACCAACAUUCAUUUGGCUUGGAUCCAAGGUUACAGGCCAGAUCCAAUGAUGAUCUAAAACAAAUGUUUCUUUUCCAACUAUCUCAGAAACUGAGGCAUGAGUAGAGAUGUUUACUUUGUACUGUUGAGAUGACUGAAUUGAAAGGCAGGUAAAUACAGUCAACUACUCACAACUUUGUUGUCAAGAGCUCAGGAAGUCUGGCAUGGCUGCUGAGGGGUACAACAGAUCACCUGAAUGCCCUAAAAUACUGUCAGGGUUGGAAUGUAUACUCCAUUCAUUGUGGUUCCUUGACUCAAAUCUAGUUUCCAUAUUUAUCUUAUGUAAUAGCGCCAACCUCACAAUGUGUGGUGUCACUUCUGAGUUUCAUAUAUUUAUGUGAUAUAGCUGAUACAAUCACAAGACUGCACAAACUUUGCUGUAUGAAUGAAUGAAUGAGUGUUACAGUUUACAUAUGGUGCAUGUUCAAGCCUCAAGAGCCUUUUUUCACUCUUCUUGAUGUUCAAUAAUUUUGUAAUAUUUGUAAUGAGUUGAGCCUGAGACUGGGGUUAUAUGUUUAUAAUAUGUUCUCAUAAAAAAACUCUUUAAUGAUUAAACAGAAGGAAGAUGUUUAUGGCUGUAAAGCUACAAAUGUGGUAAAAAACUUUUGUUAAUCAGUCAUUUAAAACUGUUUGGUUGUAUUUUUGUAACUACAAGAACAUUUUAAGAUGUACUCGAGAUAUUUUUUAUUUGCAUACAUAUUGCGAUACUUCCUGCACCUGCCUGCAAACAACAGAGAUGAUAUCUGCAAACAUAGACGGCUGUCUUCUGUCUACUUAAGAAACUGAUUUUUUAUACACAAGAUAUUAGAUUUAUUUAUUUUUGAAAUGUAUUAUGCCACCUGAACUACUUUUAUGGAAGAAAAAAAUUAAAUUGCUAUUUUAUCAACUAA